UAUAAAUCAGUCGUGAUAUGUAAACUUCGAUCAACAAUCCAAGAGAACGUAUUCGCUGAUGAAUAAAUAAAUCCAACCUAUUAUAGCUGAACAUCAAACAUUUGCAUAAUCAUUAAUUUGUAUAUAACACGCAGAAUUUAACUCAUGAUGACAAAUUUUCAUCUGAUGACGAUGAAGCACCUCCGUCGAGGAAAAAGUAUAGAUCCUGGACAAAAUGUAACAACGGAUUCCUAGGGAGAUUUUUAAUUUUUAUGGAUCCACUCUGAUUAUGGCCAAAAAGGACCGCGGUCCCCCUACGGAACGCACCGCUGUGCAGGAUACCAAAGGAAUCUUUCCGCGGUUGAGCCAUACGCUAAAACUGUCGCCGUACUCUUUGGCCGGGUACACUUUGCAAAGUUAUGCGGUAGUUUUUUCUCCGUGCCUAGUUUAUUUCCUAAACUAUAGUAUACUCACGAUGUCUACGACCAUAGAUGACAAAGUUGUUGCAGGUGCUAGCAGCUCUUCUGAUCUAAAGAAAGAUCCUAUUAUUGCCUUGACCGAACAAGUUCGAUUGUUAUAUGAUUAUCGUGAUCACUAUUUUGAUAAUUAUCCGAUUAGUAAUGCAAUUAAUAAGAGUAGUGAUCUCGAAAAAGAAAUGAAAAAAACCAUUUCAAAAUUCGAUGAGUGUAAAGGAUAUGAAAUUGAAGGACAACGCGCCAACUAUUAUUAUUUGAAAGGAAGAGCAUUAAAUGUAGUUGACCGAUUUGUUCCCCAAGCUGAGGAACUUUUGAGUAAAGCUGUCAAACUUGAGCCGAAAUUAAUCGAUGCCUGGAAUGAGCUAGGGGAAUGUUACUGGAAAAAUGAUGACAUAGAACAAGCAAAAAAUUGUUUUGUUGGAGCUUUACCCCAUGGAAGAAAUAAAACGUCUCUAAGGAACCUAUCAAUGGUUUUAAGACAAGAACUAGUUAAUACGCACAAGCAGAAAAUUGACAAUGUAAUGCAAGGAGUUGAAUAUGCCAAAGAGGCUGUUUCGAUGGAUACCACCGAUGGUACAUCGUGGACAAUUUUAGGUAAUGCUUAUCUGUCUUCAUUUUUUACAGUUGCACGAAAUCCCGCCACACUGAAACUUUGCAUGUGUGCAUAUGCACAAGCCGAAAAAGAUGUUGUAGCCAAAAAUAAACCUGAUUUAUAUUUCAGCAAAGCAACAGUUUUUAAAUAUCAAGAAGAAUAUCAGUUAGCUCUAGAAGCAUUAGAUCGUGCAAUGCUAUUGGAUCCCACUUGGCAAUCCCCUCGAAAUAAGUUCGAAGAUUUACUGAAAUAUCUAAAAGACAUGCAGAAAUCAAUACAUUGUAAAGGAAGAUUAAAACCUAAGAGAUUGCAUCAAAUGGUUCAAGCACUUGAUGAAAAACAUAUAGGCUCUUAUAAAAAUACAUCAUUUGAAAAGAAUAAAGAAGUACAGCUCCAGCUGGUAGAACUCAGAAGCUUGACAAUUGGUUCAAAUGUUGGAAAAGUGGUAUUCGGUAAAGUGAUUUGUUGGAUUCAGAAUGCUGAUUCAGUGCCAUUUGCAUUUUGUCUGGUAGACAAAGAAAAGACAACUUUGGCAGUGACUGUUUACAACUUGGCUGAAGGCCGUGGUUUAAUUCUUGGUGACACAGUAGCCAUUCCAGAACCUUUUUUGUCUUAUAAUAAAUUUUCUUAUUGUGGUAACGACAUUGACUUUAAAUCUAUACGCGUUGAGACACCUGUGGUAUUAGUUGUGAACGGUAGAAAUUUGGGUAAAGAACAACAAGCAAGUGCUAACCUUUCAAGCUAUAGAAAAACAGACUAAUCUGCUAAAUUCUAGUGGCUAAAAAUUAAUUUGAAAAGAUAAAAAUAUUUUAUAAUAAAAAAAAAUAUAUUUUGUUGUUAUAAUGAGGCUUCAAUUGUGAUCCAUCUAAAGUAUGGACUUGAAAGAAAGCAAGAACAAUUAUUUAAAUA